AUGUGUGACGCUCCAUUCUUUUUCCCCAUCUGCAUCCAAUGUGGCACCGAUCAGAAUCCCUGUCGGUGUAAAGUCGUCGGACCUACACUCGGUCAUCUGCUGGCCGGCAUCGAUCUUCUGUGGUUGCGGAUGUACACAAACGGGCAAAGAGUAAGUCGCGCCGAGGAUGUGUUGGGAUACCCGGUGAAAUUGAAUGGGCAAGUGAGCAAUGCGAUACCUUUCUGA